AGCACUUAUCGCGACAAAUAGGAAAGAAUAUUACGAAUAGGUUUCGGAUCUCCAUUAUCCGAUGCCGUCGUUUUUUGUUAACUUUGGCUGUAAAGAAACGUACGCUGGCGAAUGAAUGUCACAGAAAAAGCAUGUUCUUGGGAUGUCGCUGCUACGAACCAAAGCACCAAUGUUACGGACAACACGUCAGAUGCCAUCGUCUCUCGUUUACAAUACUUGCUUUUGGUUUUUUACCCAGUUUUUCUAUUCAUCUGUACAACCGGGAAUGUCAUGAAUAUCUUUGUGUUGCGCACGGCCAAGCAUUCUCAAUGCACCACCACUUUUCUUAUCGCACUGGCCGUGGGAGAUUUACUGGCUGUGUAUGUCAUUCCUCCUUCCGUUUAUCGUAUAUUCUGGAGUUAAUAUUAAUGUGGUGGUGGAUGCAGCUGCCGCGUUAUAUAUGGGAAAUCAAUCCUGAUAUCUUCAGUAAUCCCAAAUACACAUACGCACACAUUAAUUACUACACGCAGGGAUGGUACAUCUGGAUGCAACUGAUGUGGUUUGACUUCUCAAACUGGAUUUUAAUAGCGUUUUCCGUGGAACGGGUUAGAGCAUUAUUCGAUCCACUGUCGUACCGUGGUCCGCCGGCGGCAAAGCGAGCCCGCAUUGUCAUUGGUUUUGUAUUUGUAUGCGCAGCCUUAUCCAAUAUGUACCGCAUGGUGAUGCAGUAUUAUUUAAUGGCCACACGAGAUAUUCCAACGUUUCUUAAAGAUUCAGUCAACGCGUUUAUAACAGGAGCGCCUAACUGGCUACAAACAUGGAAUGAUGUUAAUAUGUAUUACAAGGACAUCGAAGUCAUUGUCGUGUUUCUUAUAUUGCUGAUCUGUAAUAUUUGUAUAAUUCGCUGUAUAUUUCGGCAUCGCCAAAAGAUCUCCUUUUGCCCAACUAUUACCAGCACCGACCGCAAGCGUGCCGGUGGGAGCACAGUAGACUUCGGCUGUGUAAAUAUCCUCUUGGCUGCCGUCACAGUGCCGUGCUGACUUACGUCAUCGGCUUAUUCCCACUGACUGUGACUGAUGUCCUGGGAAAGCUUUCAAACUAUCCGC